UGUCGGAUUCAAACCUGGAUCGUUCGACCCGAGGUCGGUUGGCUACAGACGAGCUGUUGCCUUGGCCCGAAGUGCACGAGUCUUCCGCCGUUCCAGCCCCGCGCCGCCAGCCGCCCGCUGUCCGCCUUCUCCAGGAUGGCCCACAAGCAGAUCUACUACUCCGACAAGUACUUCGACGAGCACUACGAGUACCGGCACGUCAUGUUACCCAGAGAACUUUCCAAACAAGUACCCAAAACCCAUCUGAUGUCUGAAGAGGAGUGGAGGAGACUUGGUGUACAACAGAGUCUAGGCUGGGUUCAUUACAUGAUUCAUGAGCCAGAACCACAUAUUCUUCUCUUCAGACGACCUCUUCCAAAAGAUCAACAAAAAUGAAGUAUACCUGGGGGUCAUCAAUUAAAUCUUGUUCAAAUUUAAUGUAUAUGUGUAUAUAAGGUAGUAUUCAGUGAAUACUUGAAAAAUGUACAAAUUGUUCAUCCAUACCUGUGCAUGAGCUGUAUUCUUCACAGCAACAGAGCUCAGUUAAAUGUGCAACUGCAAGUAGGUUCCUGUAAGGUGUUAAGAUAAAAUUUCUUGUAGUGGGUUUUUCUCUUAAUGUAAGUGCCUGUUUGACUUUACCUGUUAUUUUGUUAAAUAAAGUUUGUAUGUUGCAUUA